CCCCCCGGGUGCCCGACGUGGACGCGGCUGCCGCCGCCGCCACCGCCGCCGCCGCGCGGGAGUCGCUGUCCGCGGAGCCGACAUGCAAGCGACGCGGGGCGGCGCGGGGCGGCCGGGCCGCGGGCCGGAGUGCGAGCGCCAGCGGCCGCUGGACACCAGAGCUGCGUCCCCCUGCGCCGCCCCGGGCCGGCCGGCCGGAGCCGCCACCAUGCACCCCGGGCCGCCCCGCACCACACUCCGCCUGUGGCUAGGCUGCGUCUGCCUCGCGCUCGUGCAGGCGGACAGCCCCUCCGCCCCAGUGAAUGUCACCGUGAGGCACCUCAAGGCCAACUCCGCGGUGGUGAGCUGGGAUGUCCUGGAGGAUGAAGUUGUCAUCGGAUUUGCCAUCUCUCAGCAGAAGAAGGACGUGCGGAUGCUGCGCUUCAUCCAGGAGGUGAACACCACCACCCGCUCGUGCGCCCUCUGGGACCUGGAGGAGGACACGGAGUACAUCGUGCACGUGCAGGCCAUCUCCAUCCAGGGCCAGAGUCCGGCCAGCGAGCCGGUGCUCUUCAAGACCCCGCGCGAGGCGGAGAAGAUGACCUCCAAGAACAAAGAUGAGGUGACCAUGAAGGAGAUGGGGAGGAGCCAGCAGCUGCAGACGGGCGAGGUGCUGAUCAUCGUCGUGGUCCUGUUCAUGUGGGCCGGCGUCAUUGUUCUCUUCUGCCGCCAGUAUGACAUUAUCAAGGACAACGAACCCAAUAACAACAAGGAGAAAGCCAAGAGUGCGUCAGAAACCAGCACGCCCGAGCACCAGGGCGGGGGUCUUCUCCGCAGCAAGAUAUGAACCCUUCCCAGUUCUGGCUCUGAGCAGCGCGAAGACAGGCAGUAGAGGAUGUGAGAGGAUCUCAUGGUUCUGACGAUGAUUAUCCAACAAACACCUGGCCCUCUCUACAUUUCCUCCUCCCUGCAUCUCCUUACACCCUCUGGCGCUCCGUCCUGUCUCUUGGCUUCUCUCUUUCUGGCGCAUUUUCCUGAAGCCUCUUAUUAACCCCCAUCUCCAGAAGCACCUCAACAGUGUCUGUGGCUGAGGCUGUGCUGAGAGGCAGAUCUGCAGGAUGCGAGAACCAGCCAGCAGGAUGGCUCUGUGGGGGUGGACUUGGUAUCAGGGACUGUGGGUCCAGGACCCGGACUUGGCCAUUCGGCUGAGAGCGGCUCAAGGCUGGGUUUGGAAAGGCAGAGAUGAGACACCUGGGUGGGGCCGCUCCCUUCCUUCCAGGCAGGACAGGACGAGAGCUGGGCUUCUAGGCGGAGGCCCUGCUGCUCCCUUCCCUCUCCUGCCCUCUCUGCUUCCAGCCUCACAAGAAGUCGUUCAAUCAGCCCUGGCCGCUUCUCUCACGUUUCCCUCCCAGGUUCCAAACAAGCUCUCGGGGAACGUCAUAGAAGUGUGACCCCGUCUGCAGGGAGAAGGAUUUCAUUUUUCUUCUCUGCUGGUCCCCAGGCCCACAGGCACAGGGAGGGGGGCGGGGGGACUGCGGUGGAGGGAGUGCAGUUAGCCGCACCUUCGUCUCUCUCUCCCCCACCCGUGUCCAAGUCUGGUGAAGGAGGCUGCACUACAAACCCUAAUUCUGCAAAAAAAUAAGCAAGCCACACUACUCAAAGGCCUGGCCCCAUUCUGCAACAGGCAAAGCUGCAUGAGACACGGCCUUCUUCCUGCCUCCUCUCGUCUCCUGGACUGGAUCUCUCCCGGAGAAGACGCACAAAGCUUACGGGAGACGACGGGAACCUAGAGGGACCGAAGCUGUCGUUCAGACCGAGCAUCCCCAGGGACGCCACGGGGUGCCCGCUGGCAGGGUCACGGCUGCUGUCAAGCCUUCUCUGGGUCUGGCCAUCGAGGACUGGUCUGUGGUGUGAGGCGAGACUUUGUGAGUGUGUGACACGUUACCUGUUUUGUCUCUUGGAAGACACGAUCGAAGGGCUUCCCUCCUGAGGGUGGAAGGGCUCCCCGCGCCGGCUGCCUGCAUCCUGUCUUCUCCGGCCCGUAUUUGGACUGUAAAACCCUUGGUCUGGGGUUUUAAGAAGGAAAAGUGGGAAAGACACCUGGAAGGUAUGGGCCCCAUUUCUUCUUGGGAAAAGUCUCUCGGAGUUGUUUCAACGCUAGCUUGGACGACUGAAAAGGCACAUUCCCACGGGGCAUCCCGAGGGCUGCUGAGUCACGCACGCUGUCGUGGAAGCUGCUGGAAGGCAGGCCUGGCCUUUGGGGUCCCCAUACCUUGCCAUCUUACCCAGGGUUCUGUGAAAGCUACCCAGGGUCCUCAUGUCCUUCCCUAGAGUCUGUGUGGUGCGAGGUGACAGGUGUCUCUCCCCACUGCCCCCCCCAAAAAUGGUGCUUGAUAAGGGAAGACAAACUCUUCCCUAGACAAGUUAUGGCUGCUGAGCGCCUGCACGGGAAGAGAUGGACCUCUGCAUCUUCCAGCAGUGGCCAGACAGGAGUGUGGGAGGACUGCGCCUAGCACGAGCGUGGCGCACAGUAGGUGCUCUGUGAUACCUGUUGAACUGAAUAAGAGCAAUAGCCCCCAAGCCAGAGAGCUGAAAGCCAUCACCCAGUGACCACCCCUUCCUUCUGGUCUACAAAAGCUCUCCUGGCCGGGCCAGCCACCACUCUGCUUUGCCCGAGUGUGAAGCAUAGGGAGGGAGGAGGGACAGGGAAAAAGGCAGAUGUCGGCAAUCCUAAGGGCUUCCUCAUGGGAGGGCAUGAGGCUUCACUCAUUGUCUUGUGACUUCCAUCCCUGCUGAACGGGGCUGCAAGGCCAAGGCUCCUUAGGGGAGAGGUCCUUACCUCUGAUCCAGUUAGAGCAAUAACCACUUUUUAAAUGUAAAAUAAAAGAUAAAAUGAAAAGGCA